AUGCAACAGAUAGUGAGGGAGGAGAGGGAAGUGUGUGAGACAUCCUUCAUGCAGGAGCAGUAUAAAAGCGGGCCCUGCUCCUCACUCUCUCAUCCACUCCUCUCUCCUCCAUCUCCCUGGGAACAAGGUGAGUCUCAAGACAUGUCCUGCUACACCCCGUGCCUGCCCUGCGGCCAGUCCUGCGGCCCGACCCCGCUGGCCAACAGCUGCAAUGAGCCCUGUGUCAGGCAGUGCCAGAGCUCCACUGUUGCCAUUGAGCCUCCUGCUGUGAUUGUGACCCUGCCCGGACCCAUCCUCAGCUCCUUCCCGCAGAACACCGCCGUGGGCUCCUCCACCUCCGCUGCCGUUGGCAGCAUCCUCAGCUCUCAGGGAGUGCCCAUCAACUCCGGGGGCUUUGGCCUCGGGGCCUUUGGCAGCGGCUACUGCGGCAGCAGGUGCCUGCCCUGCUAA